CAUUCCAAUUCAUCUGCACUUGUUAAUUUGUGGCCAUGGAGAUCGCGCAAUAUUUUGAGGACAAGACAGUUUUCAUUUCUGGCGUCACAGGCUUUCUUGCAAAGCUUUUUCUAGAGAAGAUACUACGCAUUCAACCCAAAGUCAAGAAAAUAUUUCUUUUGAUUAGAGCAACAUCUGAGAAAUCUGUUGAGCAAAGAUUACAUGAUGAGGUUCUGAGUGUCGAGUUGUUCCGAAUUGUUAAGAAGGACUUGGAUUCAAAUGCUGGACUUUUGGAAAAAGUCGUCCCAAUUCCAGGUGACGUUUCUUUGGAGAACUUAGGGAUAAUAGAGUCGAGAGUAAGAGAGGAGAUAUGGCGGGAUGUGGAUAUUAUUGUCAACUCAGCUGCAACAACCAAAUUCGAUGAAAGAUAUGAUGUAGCAUUAGGUAUAAAUGCAAUGGGAGGCAUGCAUGUCCAACACUUUGCAGCAAAAUGUUGUAAACUAGAGAUGCUUCUCCACGUUUCCACAGCUUAUAUUCAUGGGAUGAGGGAUGGACUCAUACUGGAGCAGCCCAUUCAUAUGGGAGAAACGCUUCCCGGAGCUAAAAUAUCUUAUUUGGAUAUUAACAUGGAGACGAAGAUUGUUGAGAAAAAGCUAAGAGAACUCCAAGCACUAAAUGCUACCCAAAAAGAAGUCACUUGGGUUAUGAAGGAGAUGGGCAUUGACAGAGCUAAGUUGCAUGGAUGGCCAAACACUUAUGCAUUUACAAAGGCAAUGGGGGAAAUGAUGAUUUUGGAGGAGAUGAAGAGAAAGGAUUAUAAGCUCAUUAUACUACGUCCAACUAUUAUAACAACUACUUACAAAGAACCAUUUCCCGGCUGGAUUGAAGGAUUAAGAACCCUUGAUGCACUUUUUGCUGCCUAUGGGAAAGGAAAAUUGAGUUUCUUCGUAGUCGAUCCACAAUCCAUACUUGAUAUGAUACCAGGAGAUAUGGUAGUGAAUGCUAUGGUUGCAGCAAUUGCAAGACACUCAAAUGAUGAAGUUUCUCCCGAUUUUGUGAUUUAUCAUGUUGGUUCAUCCAGAAGAAAUCCCAUAAACGCGCACCAUCUCCAAUCUCUAGUGUAUCAAUAUUUGCGUAAGAAGCCAUUGCAUGAUAAUAGAGGGAAGCCUAUCAAGGCGGGGGCUGAACUACAAUUUUUGAGCUCCAUGAAUAGCUUUCACAAAUACAUUGAAAUCCAUUAUUUGCCAUAUUUGAAGAUAUUGAAGCUGUUGAAUGUGAUAUUUUGCGACAAAUUCAAAACAUCAUACACCAAUUCAAGACAAGCUCUCGACUAUCUUAUGCGAUUAGUGGAACUCCUUUGAUGAUACUAAUACUGAAGGCUUGCGAAUUACAACACGAGAGUACAAUUCAAAUGCAGACAUGUUUGGAUUUGAUCCAAAAUGCAUUCAAUGGGAAGAAUACUUUCUGAUCACUCAUUUUCCAGGAAUUGUUAAGCAUGCACUUAAAUAGUUAUGCGUGGUGCGCUAAUUACCAUGUUUUUGGAAUGUAAGGGAAAAAGUACUUUUUGUUAAAAGUUUUUUAAUUUGUGUACGGAUAUUGUUGAGAUUUUUGAUAUUUUAAUAAAUGGGCAAGGGUACAUUUAACUCCUUGUUUAGGCAAAGA